AUGGACUCGAUGCGAAGCCUCAACACCUCCCUGCCCGGCUCCUCGGCAGCGAAGCAGCAGGCUGCCCAAAAUGACUCCCCCGAGCAGCUCCUCGAUGCCUUCAAGGCCGCCGCCCUGUCCGUGACGAAGCUCUACAAGACAUCCGCGGCCGCUCAGUCAAAGUCUCGCCAGGAAGGAUAUCAGGACUGCCUCGACGACCUUUUGGCGUUCCUCGACAAAGAGAAAAUCGGGCUGGGCGACGGCGACGGCUGGAGGAUUCGGAGCUGGGCAACCAAGCAACUGGAGGGCAGGGACUCUCAGAACACCGAAAGCGACGACGAGGCGGAGAAGCCGGAACCUGCUUCUUCACCUGAGCUGAAUCGAUCGAACAGCGAGACCCAGAUGCGAGAGGAGAACCAGAUGACAACGGAUGCGGCUCCCAUGGCCCCUCAAUCUAGCGAGGCCGAUGACGAACCCGAGGUCAUGCCCAUUACGGUCCCUACUCAGGACACUUUCACGUUCCAAUCCUCGCACCCGUGGCCGCCUCAACCUCCUCAACAAGACGCCUACCUCAACCUUGCCAACCUCGACCUGUCGGACUCUCGUACACAUGACAACUCAACGACAAACAUAAACACGGCAUCCCGAUCAUCAAGGCCACGCCACCCGGCAAACAUGCCCCGCUCGGCGACAAGGCAAGGGAACAAUUUGGGCCGCGGCGCCGGAUCUAAGCGUAAAAUCAACUUCGCCGAGAUUUUCGACCUGAGCAGCCUGGACAAGAACAUGUUUGGCGGCGGACCGAAACGCUCUCGCCACACAUGA